AUGGUGGAGUACCGGGCGGUCGCGGCGGUACUGGUUGUGUCCCACCUGUUGGAGCGCGAGGUGACCGCACGCGCGCCCCCUGGCCCUCUGUCUCCGCACCGCGUCGUGGUCACUACACAGGGCUCCGUGCGGGGGUACUUCGCCCCCCACCCUCCACACUACUCAUACCUCGGCCUGCCCUACGCCCGCCCUCCCACGCGUUACGACAGGUUUAAGGCUCCCGAGCCUCCUCCACAGUGGAGCGGCAUCUUCGAGGCCAUCCACCGUAUCAAAUGCCCUCAACCAGACGGCUCUGGUGAUGAGAACUGUCUGGUGGUGAAUGUGUUCACACCUGAACACGCGGAGACAGCUCCCGUCAUAGUUCACAUACACGACGGAGGUUUCCAGAGCGGGGUUCUAACUAAUACUUCUAGAAUAUUCCGACCAUGUAUAGAGAGGGUUGUGUCAGAAUAUCAUAACUUACUGGAUAGAGAUCCGAGGGAUGUCCUGAGAGAAGGUAAAUAUCAACAUGUCCCAUUGAUGAUAGUUUACACACAGGCCGAAGAAGUUGACAUUAUAUUAAAUGAUCAUGAGACGUUUCAGUCAAUUGUAGACAAUAUAGAAGACUUACUUCCCGCCAAUUUAAUAUUCGACAGCAGCGAUGUUAAAUAUAAAAUAAUAAAGUUGAUAAAGAAGUUUUAUUUUGAUGACAUAGACACAGCCGGCAGCAUCACUCACAGCCUGACUGAUUAUAUUAAUGAUGUGUUUAUGGAAUAUCCCAUCGCGAAAUCUGUUACUUAUUAUGCAAACAGAAACACAUAUCCUGUAUAUCUGAUGAAGUUUGGUGAUCAUCACACAAGACUCCAGAAUGACAGAAAUGCUGGUACCAAUAAAUACAAUAAGAUCUGUAGGUACAUUACUUCUGAUAAAUCAGAGGACUCUGAAGACCUUCAAGCAAAGAAGUUGGUCAUGUUGUGGACUAAUUUCAUCAAUUUUGGGGAUCCGACACCAUUAACAUCACCACUACUGCCAGUCAUCUGGCAGCCAGUCCAAGUAAAUGAGAUCCAUGGACAGAUCGCUGUACAGAAAAUUCCCUGCCUUCAGUUUGAUGAAAGCUUCACUAAUAUUUUAUUAUCAGGAAAGCAUUUAAAGUUCUGGGACAGUAUUUAUGAUAAGUUCUACAAAACAAAUAUUGAAAAAUUAAAUUAA